UGUGCCCUAUCGGCUCGGUGCGUAAAUAAGGCAAACAGAUUUGCACUUAAGAAGCUAAUACACAUGCUGAUAAUUAACUUCUAAACAUUGCUCGACGACAACAUUUUUUUUUGUUUGAGGGAAAACGUUGAACGCAUGAGUUGCAGGGCACGCCAAGGUGCCCCCGGUUUUUACCAGCUUUUGAUAACGGGUUUCCUCGGUACUGUAGCCCCGCAUCGGAUCUUGCGGGCGGCGACAGUUGCUUUCAUGGAGGAAAAGCAAGCACCGGCCAGGGAUUAAACGCACGCCACGGCGCACAGCUCUUACGAGGCAUAGACCAUCAUAUAGUGAAUUCUGUAUGAUAAAUCACGAAGUGACAAAAUGAAGCAUUUUUUAAGAAGACAACUCAUUAUUCCAUCACGCUUUUAUGAAGCCAAAUUAUAGUCGGAAGCCCCUCGCGAAAAUACACUUGCACAGUUUUUUAUGUUCCUGUACUGCAAAUUUCUGUGGAGGACGUUGAAGUUCGUGACCCGAAAGGUCACGGGACGGUGUGAGAUGCAGCGCAUCUGUUACAACAACAAACCAGGCGCCCGCCGGACCUUGAAGAUAGAAUCAUCUCUCAAGUUCUCCAAGAGUGGGCUCCUGCAGUCUGCUGUCAAUGUCCAUGCAGACUCUGUUGAGAAGACCAUUGAUGUCAUUAUGGCAUUAAAAAAGAUCAACCCUGACACAAACCCACAGUUGGCCAUCUCUCUUCAGGCCAGCCUCUACCAGAUUGUGGGCUACAGGAGCCUAGUGGUUGAGGUGGAGAAGCUGCGAAGAGAGCCAUAUGACUGUGAGAACCCUGAUCAUGAGGAAAUGCUGCUGAAGUUGUGGAGGACACUUCGCCCCGAAUCUCCUCUGAGUGGGCGCAUCUCCAAGCAGUGGUGUGAUAUUGGUUUCCAAGGCAGUGACCCCAAGACUGACUUCAGGGGAAUGGGGCUCCUGGGCUUACAAACUCUUCUGUACUUCGCUGAACACGACAAGGCCAGUGCACUACAGGUCCUCCAUGACUCACUGCAGCCCAGGCACAGGAGUGCAUCCAAGGAUGAGGCCAGCCAGAUGAGCAAAGCAGAGUGGGAGCGGAAGAAGUCUGAUAAGGCCAUUGGGUACUCUUUUGCCAUCGUGGGCAUCAACAUCACUGAGCUGGCCUACUCCCUCCUGGUGAGCGGUGCCUUGAAGACACACCUCUAUAAUGUGGCACCAGAGAUGCCGAAUCUGGUUCAUUUUCAACAGACCUUUUGUUACCUCAUGCAGGAGUUUCACAGGUUCUGGAUUGAGGAGGACCCCUGUGACAUCAUGGAGUUCAAUCGCGUGCGUGAGAGGUUCCACAAGCGGGUGCAGAGACAGCUGAGGAACCCUGACAUGGCCCUGUGUCCCCACUUUCCUGCCUCUCACCUGCACCUGGUUAACCUAUAGCACAGCCUCAAGCCUUCGGCAUACCUCUCCAACACCCGCCCACCCCUCUCCUCUUUGAGCUACAUCACGCCACUGCCAGCCACUCGCUUACCCUCUGCCCCCUGAUGCUGCCCUUAGAAAACCAUCAUGACCAUGACAAUUGUACACCACAGUACUGUGUCACAUUAUUAUUAUUAUUCAGGAUUCUUUGACCACUGAUAUUUUAUAAAAAGACAAAUAACAAUGUCUGAAAUUUAUAUAUCCUGGAAUAUUAUGUAUUGUUGAUUCAAUACAGAAGUAUUGACAGACAGGAGUAAAUAUUGAAUUAAGGAGUAAAUAUUAAUAUUAAUUUAAGCAGAUAUUAACGUCGGGUAGAUGACAGCUCUUAUGGCUGGAAUAGAGGCAAUUUUCCAUCUGAGGAGAAAAGGGUGACUAUACAAGAGAAAUCGUCAAAACAGAGUAGGCAGUUUAUCAUGCAAAUAGGGAGAGAAGGGUGUAUCUAGCAUGCAAAGCAGAAAGUCAUACUUCUUUAUGAGCCAACAGGGAUGCUGGAGGCAUCAGAAGAUCAAGAGAAGAUCAAGAACGUACAGGUUCCCAAUCCACUACAUCAAGCACAUAACAUACUGUCAUGUCUAAGCCAAUCACAUAUUUGCGACCAUCAAUUGAGCCAAUUGUGUCGUCUGAAGUCUGCGCCAAUAACAAAAUAAAUAAAGUCUGGCUGACACGUUAAUUCUGAAUUCAGCACCUCGAUACUGUAACACACUGCUUUUGUUAUUUCUCAUCCUCAGGACCCUGUACAAGGUUCAGUACAUCACCGUACACUGCAUUAUCAGGAUUUCCGAGGCAUUCUCUUAAGACAUUACAUACUUUAUUUCUUUGAAAUAUUUUUUUUCAUUUGCGACCUACCGUUCACUAUGUAAUAUAAAGUGAGCAUGUUUUGCAGAUCCUUUAGGUGUCUGUGUGAAGUCUCAGUCUUGAAGGCGAAAUACCAUCCACAGAAAUGCUGAUGGAACUGCAUGAAAUAUUUUACUCCCGUUUUAACUUUUAUUUAGAAACACCAUGCAGGUGGUUCAGAGGCCUGGAUCACGAAGCUGGAUAUCUUGUGUAGAUGGAUUACUUGUCAGAUUUAAGGUAGUCCAGGCUAAAUUUCAGUGAACAAAGACAAAGAAUAUUUAAACCGGAGUUCCUUAAAUCAGUCAAGUUAUCCAGCUAAGCAAGAAAUCUGAUAAGGGAUAUUUUGCUGCCUUUUGCAACACUUGUAUGUGAGUGGCGUUUAUGUCUAAGCUUCUUAGCUGUAAAGUGCGACGAUAUUUGCUUAUUCUCAUUAGUCCUUUGUUGAAACAUAUGGUGGUCGUUUUACUGUUACGGCAAAAAUGAAAACGCUCUUUAAGUGUUAUUUCUAAGAUACGUUUACUAACAUCCCACCCAGGCAUGUUGAUUUCAGGGAAGUGGACAGGGGCGUGCUGGCUGGGUUUGAACGGUAUUACAGUGAUAUCCCUUCCCCAUUCUGAAAAUUUUAUCGGUAAAUAGGCCCAUUUGGAAUGGCACUACUUUUUAACGCUAUAAUGGCAUAGGGGAAGGGUGGGUGCUGGUGGUAAAACUUGCUGACCGGGGCUAGAGUGGCGGUAAAUUCUGCCGGCCGAUUGAGGGUUGCGCCGAUAAAACUUCUUGCCGGCUGAUUUUACGGAGAUAUUAUGCAGCAUUUGUGGGUGUCAGGGAGCUGCUGUUUGUGUUCUUUGUGGUAGACUCCCGGAACUUCUGGGCGAGGUGGGAUUUUUGCGUUUAUUGUUACAUUGUAGACUAGCAUCCAUGUUUCCGUGUCAGUUAAAAGGAAAAGGGAAUGAUCAAUAUUUAGUUAAAAGUGGUUUACAAUAACAUAGCACUAAAGUAGAUGAUGUUAAAAUAGUACUGUAAAACAGUGUUAAAGGUAAGUGAAUGAUAAGCCAAACUGCAGGAUACCUGGGAAAAUUAUUUGGAGUCACUUUCUGUAACUCAUGGGAAUUCUUGCUGUGACAAUAACAUACUUUUUUAUUUAUACGUAAAGCUCUUGAAUAAAAUGAUGCAUAUGUGUGUA